GUGACUGACAAACGUGGAGAGGCAGUUCGGCUCGAAAUGAGGUGGCUGUGAAUCCCCUUGUAGAUGAGAGUGAAGUUGCUCUGAACUUGGCAGCAGCUCUUCCCGUUAACGACUCAUCUGAUCGAUCGACGAACGUCUUUGGCGUUUGGGAGAAUUGCAACUGGCUUCCUCCUACAUAGCAUUUGAAGAUGAUGCGAUUGCUGUUCCUGUGUCUGCUGCUGCUGCUGCUGCCAGCCGCUACUGCUGCUUCAGAAGAGCGAGAAGGAUCGGCUGAUGAUGAUAUGGAUGACGAGGACUUUACUGAGACAAAUGGGUUUGCAGAUGUUUCCAACAAAAUUUCUCACGGUUCUACAGUUGUAGAUAAAACUACAGGUGAAGAAGAAAAGUCAGAUCAUCUUACCCUGAUUAUCAUCAUUGCAGCUGUGGCUUUGUUGACUCUUUCAGUCGCAGCGAUAGUCACCAUAAUGUUGGUGAGACGCCGCAUGCACAGUCGGCAGCAAGGGGUCUACGCCGUGCCGGCAGAGCAGGACCACAAACGGGCCGUCUAGUUCCUUGUGGAGCUGCAGUUCUUAAACACACAGGCAAGAGAGGAGCGAUGAACUGGGCUAUGUCAUCUCCUCCUCUUUGACUCAGGACAGUUAGACACCUUUGCACAACAGCCUGCUUCUCACCUUUCAGUUCAUUGCUUGCUCCUACACAACCUCCUAUCAAUACAUAUGCAAUAUUUCUCACCUGUUGUAUACUUUUGUCUUUGUCCCUGCCAUUUGUGCUCCACAUACACACACUUUAGCCUGGGACAUUUGGAACACAUUCAAACCUUCUAAUUGGAUUCUAUUUGAGGAAUCCAAAUCAAAGCCAGUAGAAAUGGCUUAAAGCUUCUUUUGUUAAAAGGGAUAAUUUAGCACAGCCAGAGCUCUCCCUUUUUUUUUUAUUACCUGAAACAAGAAAUUAUUCCCACCAGCUAUGCAGUGAAACUGUGUUUGCAUUUGAUUCGGUGCAUGUGGAAGAGACCUGCCGGUGUGAAAUAGUGGUUGAGUGAGACAAACCGUGCUAAUCCACUCUAAGCCAGCCCAGUGCUCACUUCAUUCUCCUGUUCACUUGUCUGACAUCUUCUGUUCCCGGCCCAUUAGAAAUGACAAGAGGAAGUGCACUGGGAAGAUUAAAAACCCGUUCCUCCGUCUUCUCAACCUCAGUGAAAAAGAAACAAGUGGAAAUAGCCAAUGUGUACACAUUAUUGCAAGGCAGCAAAUUAAUCGACUGCCAUUAAUUAAUUUUCUUUUCUUUUCCACCUCUGUUUUUGGUUCUGAAAAGUAUGUCACUUCACUCUUGCUGAUUUUAAAUAGCUCUGUGAACAUUGUAGAGAGUUAGAUUAUCGCCUCACACACUGGUGGAGAGAAGCCUGCUGUGAGGGAGGGAUAACAUCUUGCGAAACACACACAGUGUUGGGGAUGAUUGGGUAAAUAUACCAACAAUGCCUUUGUUUCAAUCCUUCAAAGAAUGAUGGCUUCUCUGUUUUCAUUUAAAAUGAAAAUCGAUCAGGCCCCGGGAAUGAAAGCUUUCCAUCAGAGAAUCCAAGGGACUGAUUUGCUCUUAUACAGAGAGGGGGAACUUACUCCGUCUAAAGGCGAGAGUGACACACCCCUGUUCAACAUGUUUCAUGAGGACAAUUACUACGGAGUCAGCAGCAUUGGGAAUUGCUUCAUUGGCUCAAAUCCAGCUAGAGAGAGCAAAAACAAUUAAGUGGUUACGUCACACUGAAGUGAAUCAAACACGAUCCAGCCCAGUUUAUUCUAAGCAGAUUGGCAGAUGUGAUUACUGUUGGUGCAUUUGUUGUACCGUUCAUAUUUGAGCACUGUGUGUACAAUAUGUUACUUCUCAAAAGCAUAGCCUUCCCCAAUAAGCUUUAAAACAGGGGCCAGCAUUUCAAAGGCAGGACAAUUGGACAAAAAAAAAAAAGUAAGAUAAAACAUUUCAGUUUUUUAUGUUUGUAUAGUCAUUAAUCAUAUUUCUGUCAGACCAAAGCAACACAGUGUAGCAACAUCUGAAUGCACGAAAGCCUUCUUUUUGUAGAAAUCCAGAAAAUUAAAAAAAAAAUACAGUAUUUGGUCCGCAAUCUUUUUAUUUUCUUGUAACGCCUCUCUGCUGUGACACUUCUCAUGUAAAUCUACUGUAACAUACUGUAUGUAGUUGAGCUUUUUUUCUAUCUCAGCGUGAUGUACGUGGAUUCAUUUAAAAAAAAUCUGAUUCUAUUUCUGUCAGUGCUCAAAAAAUUGUAUGACCAUAUGUUAAGUAUUCUAGCUUUUAAUAUAAUAUAUUCUAUGUAUUUUCAGAUUUACUGAUCUAUGCAUUUGCAUAAGGUCCCUUGAUGGAAAAUAUAUUUGACUAAAUUGUCUUUUAAUGUUGAGUUAAAGGGGCAGUGUCUUCUCUUCACUGUUCAUUCAUAAGUUCUGUGUAUAAAAGUUGGGGGCGGCAGUCAGUUAUUGGCCCAUAACUCUUAUGUUAAUUUUUUGUAAUAUUUAGUGCAGCCAAAAAAAAAAAUUUAAAUCUGGACGUAAUGUUAAGUACGUAUGUCUAUAUGCAGAUCAACCCAUAUGUAUUAUUUGUGUCAAGGACAUUCAUAGUAGCUUUUCAUCAUAUAAUAAUUUACAAAGUUUGUGAUAAACAAGAUCAAUGAACUGACUCCAUUUGCAAAGCUGAAGUAGCCUCGAUUUUGUUCUGGUAGCAAUUUAAGACAGCGAUUGCGAUAUUAUGUAGCUAUACUGAACUUUGCAUUGUGUUUAUUUUUAGCAUUAAACCCCGUUAAUAAAUUUGCUUGGUUUCCUC